GCCAUUGGCUGUUUGGCGUAAACGGGAGGGACAACUUUCAGGAAGCGCUUUGGUUUGUUUGUCGCCGGGUAGUCGAGGAACAGUUUAUGAAAACAGGCUGAACAUUUUAGCAAGUGAAAUAUUAUUUACCACAUCUCGGCGACAUGUUUCCGUACGGGAAGCUCAACUGACGACGCACGUCUUGGACUCUCGACGAAUAUCUUUUACCAUGGCGCCGCCUAAAAAGAGGGCAUUACCCAAACCCCUCCCAGAGGGCUUCAUACUGACCGACACAGACAAGAAGGAAUGGAGGCUGGGAAAGAUCAUUGGUCAAGGCGGCUUUGGACUGAUCUAUCUUGCCUCCCACAGUGUUGACAGACCUGUUGCAGGAGACACUGACUUUGUCAUAAAAUUGGAGUACCACGAGAAUGGCCCCCUGUUCUCUGAGCUCAAGUUCUACCAGAGGGCAGCCAAAGCGGAGAGCAUGGAAAAAUGGAAGAGUCGCAGGAAACUGGACUUCCUGGGCAUUCCAACGUACUGGGGUUCAGGUCUUGCUGAAUACAAUGACCUCAGGUAUCGCUUCAUGGUCAUGGACCGACUGGGCAGUGACCUUCAGAAAAUCUGUGCGCACAAGGGAGGUCGAAUGAAGAAGGCCACUGUGCUCCAGCUUGGUCAAACACUGGUGUCUGUACUGGAGUAUAUUCAUGAGAACGAGUAUGUCCAUGCAGACAUUAAAGCUGCCAACCUCAUGCUGGGUUACAGAAACUCUGAACAGGUCUACCUAGCAGAUUACGGGCUGUCCUACAGAUACUGUCCUGACGGGGUCCACAAAGAGUACAAGGAGAACCCCAAGAAGGGCCACAAUGGAACCAUCGAAUACACCAGCCUUGAUGCACACAAAGGAUGUGCUCCAUCUAGACGUGGCGACCUCCAGAUUUUGGGUUUUUGUCUUCUUCACUGGUUAUGCGGAUUUCUGCCUUGGGACAAUGUUAACAACAACCCACCUCAGGUCCAGGAGGCCAAGGCCAGGCUGAUGGAUAAUCUGCCAGACUCGGUCCAGCAGCUGUCAGUGAGCGGAGCCAGCACAGAUGAAGUGGCCGCGUUCCUCCUCUACGUGAAAACUCUGGGCUACCAAGACAAGCCGGACUACCAGCGUCUCAAAGCGGUGUUGGCCACUUCGGUCAUGGGAAGGCUGGACUUUUCCGCACCUCAAGGACCCACAGGGGUGUCGACCACCAAGGUUCAAGAUCAACCCACCAGAGAAAAGAAAGCAGGACGAGCCAGAGGGGCCGGCAAAGCCAAGGCUGUGCCCGCCGAGGUGGAUGAUGAAGAGGAAGAGGAGAUGAAGAAGCCUAAAGCAGUGGCAGCUCACUACAGGAGAGUACCACCGCUCACUAAACCUCAGUCACAACAGGAGCCUGCUGCCACCAGAUCACUGAGGCCGAGGCGUGAACCUGUGAUGUAUAAUGAAGAUGACAGUGAUGAUGAUGAGGAGGAGGAGGAGGAGGAGGAGGAGGCGGCCAGACCCAGACCCAUACCUGCAUGCUAUUUGAGAGGCCCUCCUAUUGGUGCCAGAGCUCAGCCUAAACAGAAACCUGAAUCUGAAUGGACGGGCAGGAGAACAGACGACCUUGCCAUGACCUCGGUCAGACAGGAAGGACCGCUCCAUCAGCAGAGGCGAACACACACGGAGCGCUGGGACAGACGGGAUGAAAGGCAGCUCAGCCGUGCAUGGUGGUGGGAUGGAGAAGAGCAGGAAGCCGUUCCCUCACCGGGGAAAGAACGCUUCUCCUGGUUCUCCUACGUGGUCGUCUUCAUUCUCCUGGGUGCUGUCGUUGCAGUUUGCCAAAGUGAACUGAAAUUUUAACCCCUCUCGAUCAGACCAGAUUGAACUGGUCUGAGCAUCGUAUUUCUACGCUUCUUCGUGGAGAUGGAGCCGACAGGAACACAGCCACUUCUCAGGACUUGUGGGCUGCCAUUUUCACAGUGAUGGGCUGCAACAGAAGAAGAAUCCGGAGUUUAUUCUGCAUAUUAAAUGUUCAUUAUAGUUUAAUGUGGCGUGAAGGAUCGCUUUGUGGAAAAAUGAAGUGGGCUCUCAUUUCUGAUUGGACUGCAACAUGAAGGACUCCCCAAAUACACACAAGACCUGAGCGUCUGUGACUUUGAGUCGCCGCGUUCACACAGAUCCACUAUCACACGAGCAGCUCCAGGGAAACUGACUUGAAUGCGACGCAUUGUCACGAGCAGCCUUUCAGCAAGAGAGAAGGCUACGUGAUGUAUGGAGCCACGCUAAUUAAGUAUGCU